AUGUCUGAAAACGAGAUGAAAAGAAAAGUCGACGAACUGCAUGAAAGCAACCAGGUCUUGGCUCUUGCCGUUCAAAGAACUAGGCUUGCUGUAAAAAGGCUACGCAUGGAAUAUGGAACACUUUUGGAGCGACUAGAAAAGAGGGUUGAGAAGGACCCAGAGUUAUGCUAUGAAGACCCACUUCCCUCACUUGAGGCAUUCAAGUCUCAAAUCCUAGAAGAUGUUCCUAAGUCUAGAAAUAAGAAGAAGAAAGGAAAAGAGAGAGAUCCUAAUUUACCAAAGAGACCCACGAAUGCAUACCUCCUGUUUUGCGAGAUGAAUAAGGAAAAAAUGAAGCGACAAUCUGGGGCCAACGAUGUAUCCAAAGCUUUAACCGAUGCCUGGAAAAAUCUGGAUGAAACCGCUAGAAAGCCCUAUUACGAAUUGUAUAAUGAAGACAGAGAGAGGUAUCAAAGGGAAAUGCAGGCGUAUACUCAAAGUAAAAAUGACGAUCCUAAAACGAUCAAAAAGGCCGAGGACGAAGAAGAUGAAGAGGAAUUGGAGGAAGAUGACGAUACGGAUGGAACUCAACCUGACGUGGAUGCGACGGCUGAUAUACCUACAAGUGAGGCAUGA